GUUAUCAUCAUGAUGAGGCGCAAGUAUACGUAGUACUAGUAACUUACUGUCAUUGACGCGCGCACAGGUGGUUGACAGUGAACUACCACAUCGACCUGAGCCUCAGACAUCGACAGCUAGACGGGGCUUGCAUAUUUCAACCCUGAAACGGAUAUUAGAACUUGAAAAACUAUGAUUUCUCAGCGUAUAAUAAUAUGUCUUACAGUAGUUUCAGUAGUAGCAAUGUCAAUUGCUCUGGUGAUCAAUUCCCAUUGGACUAGGAGUAUAUCAAAAGUAAACAGGCCUGCCCCUGCAAAACGAGCAAAACUUGUACAUGUUGGACAUAAUGGAUUUGCAAUUGGUCAUGAUACUCUGCCACGUCGCAUGAUUUAUCUCAAGGAAUUUGAGGUAAAAAAUCGAAAUGAAAAUCUUAUAUUUUAUAGCAGAAGUCCAAAAUGUGGAAGCACCACGAUGAUUGCCGUGAUGAGAGCGGCUUGCAAAUAUAGCGGAAAAUACAAUGUGACCUAUAUAGAACCUGUUCCACGUAAAAAAGAUUUGAAAACUCUUUCAAAAAAGAAAAAAUAUGUGUCAACUCAUUUCAUACAAGAAAGUCCUAAGAUUGUUAUAGGACAUUUCGCCUUUUUUGAUUUUAUCGAGCUUGGUUACAAACAGCCAUUAUUUAUAGACAUAGUACGGGAUCCUGUAGAAAGAUGGAUAUCUAAAUACUAUUAUUUUCUAUCUUCCCCACCUUACAUAAAACUUUGGAAAUUAACUGAACGAGACAGAACCCAAACAUUUGAGGAAUGUUUCCAAAUAUGGAAAAAGAAGACUGGAUGUGUAGGCAAGAAUACCAAACAAACAGCAGCCUGUUUGAAAAAACAGCCAUACAAUGGAUGCAAAGGUUUCAAAGAGUAUCAUUCAUUUUACGCAUCCUGGUUUUCAGGAAAGUACAUCCAACCUUCGCAGAUUUCCUAUGAAAAAGCAAAAGCAAACAUUGAGCGAUUCUAUGCAUUCGUUGGUCUGACUGAGCACUUUAACGAAACUGUAAGAGCAAUGGAAAAAGUGUUGCCUAGGUUUACUGAUGAACUGUCAAGAGCGUACAAUAACCGCACAAUGGAACAUGUAAGGAAUAAAUCGCCUAACAAGAAAAGACCAAGUAAUGAAACCAUUGCCGUGAUGAAAGAAUAUCAAGCGAAUGACUAUGACUUUUACAGAUUUAUAAGUCAAAGAUUUUACAGUCACUUAAAGCGUCUUGGAAUUCAAAUUACCUAACGCGUUCACUUUAAAAACUAUGCAGACCUUCCACGCCACAAUUUUGAGCACACAUGAAUCGAAAAAAUAAUCUAAUAUUGGAUACUAGCUAUGGUCGUUACUUGUCAACAGAACAUCAAAUAAAAGGUGUAGUAAUAGAGAGAAACCAUACUAAACAAAACAAUGUAUACGUAAAAAUUGAGAUCGUACAUCAGCGAAUGAGAGUAAACGAAAUAUAAAAUACACAUUUUAAGGAAUAUAUAUUUUAGAAAUGGAACAACCAAUCAAGAUUAAGCAAACAGUCCAAAAUGUUGAACUACACUUCCAAAGUCAAUUUGGUGUCUGCACUGUACAGUUUAUAAAGGAAACCUUCCAAGACGCCAUCGAAAAAUACUGGCAAAAUUUAGAUCUGGUACUUUGAAGAGAGACAGGUCGCAUUAAUAACAUCCCAUUACACAACAGAAAAUGUAUUUUAUAUGAUAGUGACCAAGUAAACAUUUUCUGUUAGACUGUACACACAUAACAGAAAUGACCUAUUUUCAUAUUUAAGAGAUUCAUUCUAGAUAAUUUUAGUGUUGAUAAUAUUGCACUCCACUCUACAAUGACAUGUAAAAAUAGUAAAUCUGCUUCUUCUUUAUAUAAAAUGAUAGUCCAUUUGUCACUCCUUUGCAUCCUAUAGGGAACCCAUGAACUGUUAAAAACACGAUGUUUUUUGUUAAUUUAUGACGAUAAGGGUUUCCUGAAGAGAUUAAGCUGGGUUGGGGAAAAAAUAAUAUAGGCUAAUUAGCGAGGUCGAUCAUUAUUGAAAUAUUGAUUGUUUUCUAUAUCUUGAAAUGUAGAAAUCAUAGCAGCAUAAUUAGUUUGUCUAAACUCGUGUUUUGAGGGUGACUGAAUAAGAUAUUAUUAAAAUAUACAAGAAUAACUUAUCAGAUAGAGUGCCAAUCUCCAAGCAUUUCGUCCAGUGCCAUCCGUGCCUCCUGUGCCUCAUUUCGUCCAGUGCCAUCCGUGCCUCCUGUGCCUUACCUCAGGUAGUGAAGGUACGCAUCGAACGAAAUGAAUUUUGAGAAUGAAGGUACGCAACGAAAGAAAUGAAUUUUGAGAAUGAUAGAGUGCAUAAUUGCAACUUAGUAUAUUUUAUAAUUGAAAUAUCAUUUAUUCAGAUAUCAAGCUAGUAAGCUUUUGUUCAAUGAAUAUUACUGAUUAAUUGACUAAAAGGGUAGUUUAGAAAAUACAUCACCAAGAAAAUGCAUUUUCUUUGAUUUUGGGGCUCCCAGAGGGUAAAUUAAAAUUAUGAAUUUCACUUUUAGAUUUUUAUGAAACAAAUUGCCUACAUCAUUAUGUAUGUUGUAAUAUUAUACAUUAAUCAAUAAGAGGUACUAAA